UCAGCACCGGGUUUCCUGUUCCUCCCCAGGAGCUGGAGCUGCACCAGGUCCAGACUGCGCCGGCUCUGGACCUGGGAGGACGCCAGCACCAGCCCCACGGCGGGGACCUCGCGGCACACGUAGCCUCCUCCUGCCCAGGACGGUGGUGCCAUGGGCUUCGGGCCGGAGCUGUGGUGCCCGCAGGGGCACAGUGCGCUGCUGCGGCUGCAGGACAACGAGCUGCGCCUCCUGGAGCUGAUGAAGAAGUGGAUGUCACAGCGCGCCAAGAGCGACCGGGAGUAUGCGGGGAUGCUGCACCACAUGUUCUCCCAGCUGGAAAAGCAGGAGGGCCCUGGGCAGCUCCGCGGCAGUGACCACGGCAGCCAGAUCGGGGAGUCCUGGUGGGUGCUGGCAAGCCGGACGGAGACGCUGAGCCAGAUCCUGCGGCAGCACGCAGAGGAGCUGACGGCGGGGCCACUGGCCAAGCUCAGCCUGCUCAUCCGUGACAAACAGCAGCUCCGCAAGGCCUUCAGUGAGCAGUGGCAGCAGCUGAACCAGGAGUACACCCGGGCCACGCAGCAGGAGAUGGAGAAGCUGAAGGCGCAGUACCGCAGCCUGGCGCGCGACAGUGCCCAAGCCAAGCGCAAGUAUCAGGAGGCCAGCAAAGACAAGGAGCGAGACAAAGCGAAGGAGAAGUAUGUGCGCAGCCUCUGGAAGCUCUACGCCUUGCACAACCAGUAUGUGCUGGCCGUGCAGGCAGCCACGCUCCACCACCACCACCACUACCAGCGGGUGCUGCCCACUCUCCACCAGUCCCUCUACAGCCUGCAGCAGGAGAUGGUCCUUGUCCUGAAGGAGAUCCUUGGGGAGUACUACAGCAUCAGCAGCCUGGUGCAGGAUGAUGUGCUGGCCCUGCACCAGGAAAUUGCCAGUGCCAUCCAGGCCAUUGACCCAGCCACUGAAUACAGCAACUUCAUCCAGAGCCACAGGUACGGCUCCGAGGUGCCACCGCCUGUGUCGUUUGACGAGAGCUUGCUGGAGGAGACAGAGGACCUGGCACCGGGGGAGCUGCAGCUGAAUGAACUGACCGUUGAGAGUGUCCAGCACUCCCUGACGUCGGUCAAGGAGGAGCUGGUAGCCGCCACAGAGGCUGUGAGCAGCAAGCAGCAGUGGGUGCAGGAGCUGCAGGCAGAGAUCCAGGGCGAGGAGCAGGGCCAGAGCCCCAGGGAGCGGGUGCACUUGCUGGGCAAGCGGCAGGGGUUGCAGGAGGCGCAGCAGCAGCUCGAGGGCUGCCUCUGCACCCAGGCCAAGCUGCAGGCGCAGCGGGACCUGCUGGCUGAGAAGCUGGCGGAGCUGGGCACUGGGGAGCCCCUGCCUGCCCUGCCUCUGCAGGAUGACCGGCAGUCUGUCUGCUCCGUGGAGCAGGAGCGGAGCGGGGUCACUGCGCUGGAGACCCUCAAGAACCACAUCUCAGGCAUCUUCAGCUCAAAGUACUUGCUGCCGCCCCCCGUGCCCCUGAUCCCGGAGGUGCAGAAGCCGCUGUGCCAGCAGGUCUGGUACCACGGGGCCAUCCCACGCUCGGAGGUGCAGGAGCUGCUGAACUGCAGCGGGGACUUCCUGGUGCGGGAGAGCCAGGGCAAGCAGGAGUACGUGCUCAGCGUGCUGUGGGACGGGCAGCCCCGGCACUUCAUCAUCCAGGCUGCCGACAACAUGUACCGGCUGGAGGGGGACGGCUUCCCCACCAUCCCGCUGCUCAUCGAGUACCUCCUACAGAGCCAGAAGCCCAUCACCCGGAAGAGUGGGAUCAUCCUGACCAGGGCUGUGCCCAAGGACAAAUGGGUGCUCAACCACGAGGAUGUGCUGCUGGGGGAGCGCAUUGGCCGGGGUAACUUUGGAGAGGUGUUCAGCGGCCGCCUGCGUGCUGACAACACCCCUGUGGCUGUGAAAUCCUGCCGGGAAACCCUCCCACCUGAGCUCAAGGCCAAGUUCCUGCAGGAAGCCAGGAUCCUUAAGCAGUACAACCAUCCGAACAUUGUCCGGCUCAUUGGCGUCUGCACUCAGAAGCAGCCCAUUUACAUUGUCAUGGAGCUUGUGCAGGGGGGGGACUUCCUGAGCUUCCUGCGCAGUGAGGGGCCCCACCUGCGGGUGAAGGAGCUGAUCAAGAUGACAGAGAAUGCUGCUGCUGGCAUGGAGUACCUGGAGAGCAAGCACUGCAUCCACAGGGACCUGGCCGCUCGCAACUGCCUGGUAACGGAGAAGAACACCCUGAAGAUCAGCGACUUCGGGAUGUCGCGGCAGGAGGAGGAUGGCGUCUACGCCUCCACGGCGGGGAUGAAGCAGAUCCCUGUCAAGUGGACUGCCCCUGAAGCACUCAAUUAUGGCCGAUACAGCUCCGAGAGCGAUGUCUGGAGCUUUGGGAUCCUGCUGUGGGAAGCCUUCAGCCUGGGCGCUGUCCCCUAUACCAACCUCAGCAACCAGCAGACUCGAGAGGCAGUGGAGCAGGGUAAGGGACAUGGCUGGGGUCCAGCUCUCGAGGGCCGCUGCGGGGUCAUGGGCCCAGCACUGUGGGUGCACCAUGGAGCCCUGUCCACGGGACAGGCAGGAUGGUGCUGUGGGGGGCGAGGGGCUGGUGGCUCGGGCUGCCGUGUCCCCAUCCCUGCUGCUCCCAGGCGUGCGGCUGGACCCCCCUGAGCAGUGCCCCGAGGAGGUGUACCGGCUGAUGCAGCGGUGCUGGGAGUACGACCCCCGCAAGCGGCCCAGCUUCAGCACCAUCCACCAGGACCUCAUCGCCAUCCGCAAGAGGCACCGGUGAGGGGGGGCCCCGGGUCGAGGGCAGUGCCCCGCCGGCCCCACUCAGGACAGCACCGUGUGCCCCGGAUCCACCCUGCCGGCACCAUCCGUCCCCGGGCAGGGCCUGCCUGGGAAGCGGGUGCUGCGGGGGGGCCGGCCGCAGCCGCGUCCCCUCCCCAGCGCAGGGCAGGGGGCUCCCGCACGGCCCGGGGACGUGGCACCCACAGCUCCUGCCAGGCUUGAUCCUGUGUAAUAAACAAACGAGCUCUGCA